CAUAAAUCGUUCUGCGUUCGGUGAACAUCGUUCUAUCUGGCCGUCGUUGGUGAAUAGUCAUUUUUUUGUUCAGCUAAUUUUACCAUCGAAAUAAGAUAUUUAUAAUAAUUCAAGAUGCCAAAUCAAGUUUUGACUGUCGACCCGCAAAAUGAGCUGAAAUUUAAAGUUGAUUUCUCAGGACUGUUCGAGCAGGGGUAUACCACUCACAUGAGGCUGACCAAUCCCAGUUCGGAUACAGUGCUGUUUAAAAUUAAAACAACAGCACCGAAGAAGUAUUGCGUGCGACCCAACUCGGGUGUGUUAGAGCCCAAUUCUAAAGUCGACAUUGCAAUUACGCCUCAGCCGGUGUACCUUGAUCCCAAUGAGAAGCACAAACAUAAGUUCAUGGUGCAAAGUGUCAUUGCCCCGGAGGGCAGAACUAACAUUGAUCAAGUGUGGAAGGAAAUCAGCCCCGAUCAGCUCAUGGAUUAUAAGCUGAAAUGUGUCUUUGAAACUCCGCGUGUGUCUAAUUUGAAUGAUUCUGGUGACAACGCUGCCCAGAAUGAAGUAACCAAAAAGCGAGCACCGGCCACUGAAGACACUAAGCUUCCAAAGGUUGCUGUCGAACAAAACUUCCUUAGCGUUUCUCCAAAAACUGAAGAAGAUGACAAAAUAAAUACGUCUAUUGCCGCGAAUAAGACAUUUACUGUGUUUAAGCACGAUAACUUGGAAAACGAUUUGCAAAAGGCGACUUCGGAAGUACUUCUUCUGAGAGAGGAGGAAAGCAAACUGAGACAUGAGAAUUUACAACUGAAAGAGGAGUUACUGCGCCUGCACCAGAAAGUGGGCGAGGGCCGCGCUCGCCGGCAUUCGUAUACUCCCGACAAGAACGCCCAGGCUACCUUGAUCCCUUGGAUUGCCAUCGCCAUCGGCAUGGCGUUCGUAGGCAUCAUUAUCGGAAAGUUCCUCAUGUGAACAUUAAAUAACCUUCGGUAACCCGACGCAAAACUCACCAAACGCUGUUAUAUCACUCCCAAAGGUAACCCUCUCGCACAAGGCAGCUUAUUCAUUUAUAAAUGCUUCAAUCGUGUAACUGUUCUGUUGGAAAGUAAUACCGUAUUUGUGUUCGUUUUCUCUCGAACGACGCAAACUAUAAUCGUGUAAUCCUUACUGGGACGUCAAUAAAGCAACUCGGUAGACAACGGACUGAUUUAUUAAAUCUAAGAUUACCCCCAGUUUGGUACCUUACACUUACUUUUGUAUCUUUUAUCUUCAAUGGCUGUUUUUCUAUUAUCUAUCCUUUCUGCAAGAGGGUCUCCGACGCUAAUGCUAGUAAUAUGUUACAGGACUGUUGUCCGCUAAUUUGUGUGUCUUGUAGUCUAGCUUCGAUUACUUUCUCGUUUAAUUCGAUUUCAUUUAACGGUACAAAAAUUUACUUAAUAGUUCUAGAUUAGUUGGUAUUUGUAAAGAUCUUGUGAUCUACUAAGUAUCGUAAUCACUAAGACAUAUUUAAAUUGGAUUAAGGUAUUUUGCUAUGUUUCGAAUAUUGAGCCGUAACCGUUUGAUAUGCGGCGUACUUUGCAAUAACUUCUAAAUUCUAAAUUCGAUUAAUAUUUUUGUCAAUAAGUGCUUUUAUCAAGAUGUUAAAUUCUAAGAUUAUUAACUUUAGAUGUGUUUAUUUUCAAAAUGUUUAGGUGUCUUUAAGUGAGGGGCAUAUUUUGAGUAUAUUCGUCGUGGUAUAUCGUAGUACGUAAUGCAACUUUUUUAUCCGAUGGCCUCUUUGGACAUUACGUUGGUACGUGUUCAAUGUACAUGUGGAAAUUCCUAUUUUAAAUUUAUCCAAUUAACCAAUUUAUAUUUGAACUGCAUGUAUUCUAUUCUAAUAAAACAUAUAAUUUUAAAGUUAUUUAGGUUUUUUAAACGUUUUAAAUUAUUUGGCCAAUUUGUAUGUGACGUGCCAGGUACAACAUUGUUAUUAUUUGGUGUUUUUAAUUAUUUAUAGUUAUUGUUCUUUUAACUUUUCAAAUUUAAUUUGCGAUGCAUAGUCAUGUAGGCUUCGCGUAUGCACUUACUACCCCUUACCAUUUCCUAUCGUAGUUAUACCUCGUAUGUUGUAAAUGAGUGGCAGGUCAGCAUCGAUAUGGAAAUGUGAGCUAUUUGCAGCAGCUAGUGUGUUAUUCGUAGCAUUCCACUGAACGCGUUUCUGUUAAAAGUAUUUGAAGGGUUGAUUGUUACAGACCAUUAUAUCAUUUUUAUAAUUCACUGACAGGCCUUUAAGCUGCAACAUAGUCUGCCAUUUUGUGUUUACCUGCACUCUUCACUAUUCACAGACCUAGGACCCUUAUAAAUAAUUUCACUGACUAGCUAGUACUUUAGUAUGAAAACGUAUAUGAUAAAUGUUUCAUUUUAAAAUAUGAGAAUCCAGUAUCUUAAUGUUUAUUCGAUGCUUCCCUGAUGUUCUUUUUUACGGUUGGGUCAUGUCAACUUUUAAGUCAUCAUGUUAAAAGUUACUUUGUAAGAUCUGAUACGAUUUUUCAGCAAUUUAAUAACUAAUAAACCUCAUGAAACCAUCUCGCAGUAUCAGCUGUAGCUUAGAAUGGUUGACAUGCAAUAAUCAUGUAGUCGAAUGCUAAAAUUCUUUUCAUCAUCAUCAUACGACGGUUUUGUAAAUUUUCCCCUUUAUUUUAAUGGAAAUAUGCGGGUCGCAUAUUACUCCUGUGACCUGUCGCCACUUCAUCCAUCCCACUUUUAUUCUAUUUCUCACGUCUAAUGCUAAAAUUCUUUUAUACAUGACAAUUUAUAAAAUUGUUUUAAAACGUCUUAGUAUGUGAUAUCUUUUCUCUUUACGUCUUCUUUCUAAUAUUAAUCUUUUAUAAAUAAUUUGUCCCUGAAAUAUGGAACCUGAGCUUCCUUUAUAACUUUAUACAUCAGAGCCAUCGCAAAUUAAAUAACGUCAUGAAUACAAUGAAACUAGAGGAUAAAGCAAACGGAAGUUACAUCUUAUUCGAACCCAAGUAAUCGAAACAUUUUAUUUAUUUAAUUUCAACAAUACACGAAAUGAA